AUGGAGGGGCAUGACCCGUCUACUGCCCCGGAUCCGACCAGCGAGGUCGUGCAGAUGACGCGUGACCAGUACGAGCUAUUGAUCAACCAAUUGGCAGCAGCAUCCUCAUCUCCCGUCACGGCACCCGACACUUCAGGACCCCGCCCGAGCAGCUCCUCAAGACCGUCGUUCACGAAACCUGGACUGGCACGGCAGUUCGAGUUCAACACGAAGGUUAUGGAAGCCCUGACUCCCAUCGUUGCAUUCGCUCCCGAAGAAGAAGGAAUCAGAGCCAAUCUACUGAAAGCUAUCACUCUCCUCACACAAAGGAAUGAAUUAUUAGCUGUCGCCGACACGGAUCCGGAAGUCUUUGACUUCUACGACCAGCACUCUAAAGCCGAAGCGAUGCAGGUCAGCAACCCGAUAUUAGCUGCCUUUAUACGAGAGAAAAAGAAGAAGGACGAUAAGAAGCCGGCACCGACUACAACCCGCUCGUCUAUGUGGAGGGCGCGGUUUUUGCCGUACAGGCCCUUUCGUUUUGGAGGGGCGGCACGGGCCCCCGCCCCUCAAAAUUUCCAGAUGCCCUUCCAACAGGGUCGCCCUUUCCCUCCCCGAGCCCCACAUCCGCAGGAAGAGAAUGCAGAAGGGACAGCAGUUCACAACAGUAAAAUGAGGAUGUGGAAAGCGGUAGUGUCCCAGGUGGCACGGCGGGAGAAAGAGGGCACGGCUAUGUCGUUCCGAUGGUCCCUUUCCUCUCAGGAAAGAGCUGAAAUUCAAGGGAAGCCUGCUCUGAAGCAGUGGCGACGGACGCCUUCGCAGCAGAAUCAACAAUGUGGUGGAGAAACAAUUUUAUAUGCAAAGAAGCCAAUGGUCCGCAACCGAAGACUGAUGCUGUAUCUCGCAGGAUCAAGAAGCUACUGCAGGAGGCCGGAUUGCAAAGCAGAAGGCUCACCCCACAUUCGUUCCGCGGGGGUGCAGCCACAGAAGCCAUACGCGCAGGAAAGCAUCCCGAGAACGUCAUGCGAGCAGGCAGAUGGAAGACGGCAGAAGCUUUCCAAGCCUACAUCGACCCGACGCCCUUUCGAGACUCAGGCCAUCGUGCCGCUUUCUGCUUCUCGUUUGCCUACAAUUCAGUAUUCAAUUGUAUGUAGCACUUCUGGUAAUUUUGGUAUCUCGUUUCGAGCUUAUGUGUACUCUGCAAUAAGUUUUUCUGUGGAUUUCGUUCUCACGUAG